UGGACCGAGCAUAGGGCGAGCUUGAAGGAAAGGUUCCCAGAGGGCUGGAACCCCCCUAGGAAGAUCUCGAGGGAGGCCAUGAACGCUCUCAGGCUGUUUCAUCAGCAGGAUCCAGAGCAAUUCAGCGUCCCCAUGCUCGCUGCGAAGUUCCUUAUCUCCCCCGAAGCGGUGCGUAGGAUUUUGAGGAGCAGGUGGCAGCCGACUGGAGAGAGG